AUGGGAGGUGCUGCGUGGCGCUGGAUGCUGCGCGCCGCCCGCCUCCUGCCCGGCGGCGGGAGGGCUCCGGCGGCGCGGCGGGGCGGCCCGGGCUGCGCGCCCGCCGCCUGCGCCGCUCUGUCCGCUGGCUUCGCGUCCUCAAGCUCUGGGGAUGAGGCUCUGAGGGACAAACGUGCUCGAAUCCUGUCACGAGGGCUGCCAAAGCAGAAGCCCAUAGAAGGAGUUAAGCAGGUGGUGGUUGUGGCUUCUGGAAAAGGGGGAGUUGGAAAAUCAACAACAGCAGUAAAUAUAGCCCUUGCCCUAGCAGCAAAUGAUUCGACAAAAGAAAUUGGUUUACUUGAUGCAGACAUAUAUGGACCUUCAAUUCCAAAGAUGAUGAAUUUAAAAGGAAACCCAGAAUUAACACCAAAAAAUCUAAUGAGGCCCCUUAAGAACUAUGGAAUCGCAUGCAUGUCUAUGGGUUUCUUGAUAGAAGAGACUGCCCCGGUUGUGUGGAGAGGGCUGAUGGUAAUGUCAGCUGUUGAAAAAUUGUUGAGACAGGUUGACUGGGGUCAGCUGGACUAUUUAGUGAUUGACAUGCCACCUGGGACUGGAGAUGUACAGCUGUCAGUAUCACAGAAUAUUCCAAUUGCAGGAGCUGUGAUUGUCUCCACUCCACAAGAUGUGGCUUUAUUGGAUGCUCGCAAAGGAGCUGAAAUGUUUAGAAAAGUCCAUGUGCCUGUUUUAGGACUGGUUCAAAAUAUGAGUGUUUUCCAAUGUCCCAAAUGUAAGCAUGAGACACAUAUUUUUGGAGCUGAUGGUGUAAGAGAUCUGGCAAAAACCCUUGGAUUGGAUAUUUUGGGAGACGUUCCACUGCACAUUAAUAUACGGGAGACAUGUGAUUCGGGACAGCCUGUUGUGGUGUCUCAGCCUCAGAGCGAUGCUGCCAAAGCCUAUCUAAAGAUAGCUAUGGAAAUAUUAAGAAGACUACCAGUACCUCCUGCUUGAAGCCUUUACCAUUCAAACUUAGCAAAAAAGUGAUCUUUGAUGCAGCCAAUGUAGAAGAGUCCUGCUACCUAAUUACAUGGAGGCCAUAUGUUAGUUCUAAGAACUUCUUUACGAAAUAAUUUACCAGAGGUU